AUGUCAGCAACAGACUUGUCAUACAUUUCAUCUUCACAUAAUUCGAUAAUUUCCAAAGAUUAUAUUAAAAUGGAAGGGAGGAAAGCUUAUUAUAUGGAGUAUUUUGUCAGACCUGAAGAACACCCAGAAGGACUUCAAGAAUAUUUCGAUGAUGAACUCUGGUCAAGUGUUUUUGUAAAGAUAAGGGAACAAUAUUCAUCCAAGUCAAUUCCUGAAACAGUGUACGAAAUAUUCACAAAAGUUAUUAAGCUUUCUUGUGAGUAUGGAAACCUGCAAGAGCAUCAAACAAAGAUAGAAGCAUAUCUAAAAGGGCUUGAGACCAAUGAUAAACUUGAAGAGACAAUGUACAAUAUUCUUUGGAAUCUGUCAAGUAAGACAUCUAACUCAUCAAUGUGGUCAAAAAAACAGUUUGAUCCAACCUUCCAUGGUACAAAGCCAGAUCUCAUAAUCAGAACAAAUCUAAAUGAUUAUAUUGAACUGAUGUUUGUUGAGAUCAAGCCGCCAAAUACAAAAGAGGCUUUAAUAAAUGAAGAUUUGGUAUAUCUUGGGAAAACAAUGAAGUCUGCCCUUGAUAAAGCCAUUGAAGAUGGGCUUGAAGAUAUUGUUAUCUGUGGCAUACAAGUAGCUG